CGGAGGAUGGAGGACGAGCCGCAGGAGACCCUGGAGUAACGGAGGGUCUUUACUCUACAUGGAACCUGUUUGUUUUCCUCAAAAAGUGGCUUUUAUGUUGAAACUCUACAUGAGAAAAUGCCAUUUGCCAAACGGAUCGUGGAGCCCCAUUUGUUGUGCCGACGCACGGACACAGAUGAGGAGGGUUUACAUUUCCAGGACCUGUGCACCAUCAGUAAUGUGGCUCUCUCUCGGACCUUGCGCCAGCUGUCCGACCUGGCCAAACACGCCUGCUCGCUCUUCCAGGACCUGGAGCACGAGUUGAUCUUCACGAACCAGCGCGUCUGGGCGCUCCGGGAUAAAAUAAACAGGAUCCAAACGACCACCGAUGCGCUCGACCCCAAACAGGAGGCAGUGCCAGUGUCUAAUCUGGACGUUGAGAGUAAGCUGAGUGGACAUUAUCAGGCUCCGUGGCACCUGCAGAGAAAUGUAUUCCUGCCGUCAACCCGACCCACAUGCGUGGAAGAGCUGCAUCGAAACGCCAAACAGAGCCUGCGGGCACUGUACAGAGAUCAGCAGCAGAGACAGGAAGCCAGUGAGAGAGAGCGGAGAGUGACGAUCUCCAUCUCCAUGACUCCGCCAGUGCCCACCUACCCAUCACCACGCACGCUCAGGAGACAAGAACAGAGAGAGAGACAUUUGACAACGGAAAGGACUGAGAGGGACAUAGAAACACAGACAACACAAACACAGUUUCAAAGCACCCGGUCCUCCCCUACUGAAUGUUGUCAUUUCUCUCCAUGGAGCAAAAAGGUUACUCAUCCAGUCGAGUCAGAUUCAGAGGUGGUGGGUCUAGGCCACUGGCCAAAGUGCCCAAUCCCAAACGUGCCCUCAACGCUGGACAAGCAGACCAACUGGCCUGGAGUCUUGCCAUUGCCCACUCCAGAGGAGAAGAUGAAGACUGACUCUCAAGUCAUCACCUCAUGCAUCGUUCCCAUUAAUGUAACAGGGGUUGGGUUUGACAGAGAGGCCAGUGUGCGAUGCUCACUAGUCCACUCGCAAUCCGUGCUUCAAAGGCGGAGGAAGCUAAGGAGACGGAAAACCAUCACUGGCAUUCCCAGACGAGUCCAACAAGAUCUGGACUCCGACGAGUCUCCAGUAGCCAGAGAACGUACAGUGAUAGUCCACACCAACCCUGAUAUUUGCCAGGGGGAUACACUUUCUCAUCUCAACACCAAGGACUCUGGCUGCCAGACAGAGGAAUUCCUAAUUGUUGGAGCUGCACCUUCGCGUAGACGGAUCAGAGCACAGAGGGUGCAGGGGGUGACUGUGACACAUUCCCAUUCCACGGGGAAUAUAUCCUCACUGCCUGACAGCUCAGACGCAAUGUUUACCACCUCAGUGGGCUCCCGUCUGCGCUCCCGAAGCCUCCCACGAGAAGGAGGGCAACUAGUGGACGAAGAUCAUGAAGACAGUGAUGAUAAUGAUGAUGAGGAAGAACUCUCCCCGUUUGAGGCUGAGGACUUCCUACCAGUCCCAGGGGAACAUAUUCUAAAAGAUGAUGAAGAAAGUACUGAUGAUCAAGCAGUCCCAGAAAGCCAGCAUGCUGUAGGUGCAGAGUGUGACUGGAUGGAGAGGGGUCGAUCCCGCCUGACUCAGAAAGCUGACAUGGGCAUAUGUGAGAUUUCCUCCAGUUCUGACACAUUUAGUAGCCCCAUCCACUCCGUUUCCAAUGCUGGCGUGCUGACUAGCCAGAUGGACCACAAGGAGGAUCACCAGUCAUCAAGUGGCAACUGGAGUGGUAGUAGCUCUACAUGUCCCUCCCAAACAUCAGAGACCAUUCCACCGGCAGCCUCACCCCCACUCACUGGAUCAUCACACUGUGAUUCAGAACUGUCAUUAAAUGCCGCUACCAAUCCUAAUGAAGAUUCUACAGGCUUUGUGAUUGAUUCGUAUCCUGGAUCGCAAGGCCUCUGUAGCCAUAGGACAGGUUCAUUCACCUCCACCGUAACUGACAUGCUUGAUGAUGCUGGAGUCAGCAUUGCCAGUGAGUGUGAGUGGAGCUAUCCACACUACAGGCCCAACAUGCCUUGCCACCCAGACUUCAGUCCUGAGCACUCAAGGGAAGAAAACAGCCUAGAAUGUCCCAGCUUUGCUAGCAUAGUUACUUUCGAGAGUUUAACAGAUAGGCCACCUUCUGAAAAGGCUGACACCGCUUCACACUAUUCUGUAGAUGCUGAGGGCUACUAUACCUCCAUGCACUUUGACUGUGGUCUUAAAGGUAGCAAAAGCUUCACGUAUAACUAUGCAUCUGUAGACCAGCAACAGGCAGAAUAUGGACUUCAAGCAAACACACUUGGGAGACAUAGUCUCUCUCUAAGGAAACCAAAGUUGAAGCCAUCCCCACCAAAACGCAGCUCAUCCUUGAAGAAAAUAAGCAGUCAUGUUGGACCUUCUGCUGACAGGAAUGAACCAAAGAUAGCUGGUAGUCAUAACAAAUCAACGUCUUCCGGGGACAAAACACAGCAUAUAGGGUUAAAUGGGUCCUCAAGUCAACUGGAGAGUGAGGAGCCACUGGGGGCUUGGGGUGUUGAGAGUUCUAUGGAGAUUCCAGAUGUUGCUUUAUUUGGCUCCACAGAAACACAUUCUUUCAAGGAUGAGGGAGCAGUACAGUCAGAAUAUGCAGACCUCUGGCUUCUUAAUGAUUUGAAAUCCAAUGAUCCUUACAGAUCUUUGUCCAGUUCCAGCACAGCUACGGGUACCACUGUCAUUGAAUGCAUUAAGUCACAGGAGAGCUCAGAAUCCAAGGCUUCCCAGUCUGCAUCCAGGGCUACCACUCCUUCACUACCAUCAAUGGAAAAUGAAUUUAGAUUGCCUUCACCAGAGAAGCUGGUAUGUCUAGCAUCACCCUCCAGUGGCUACUCAAGCCAGUCAGAAACACCAACAUCUUCUCUACCAUCGGCUUUCUUCCCAAAUGCUCACCCAAUGUCCCCCACCAGUGGCAAGAGGAAACCCAAAGUUCCAGAAAGGAAGUCCUCACUUGCUUCAUUGCUGAAGUAUUCAUCCAAGAGGGACCUUGAACUACCUAUCAUACCUCCCACCCACCUUAACCUAAGUGCCCUUCCCAAUGCCUGCAAGCCUGCAAUUCACAAAAAACAGACAAAUAUCCUAAAUCAGAGAAAGCAGAAAGCUACAGUAGAAACUAAGGGUGAGAGUCUGGCCAGUUCUGUUUCAAAUGAUGAGCCAGCAAUCACUGGUCCUUUGGCCAUCACGCCUAAGGUACUUUGUUCUGUUCAGCUACGUUCAGUUGGCAAAUCCAGAGAUGGUAGCCACGAUCGUCUUAGCAUUGAUACUGCCACUAGGCCUAAGUGUCCCACUGUGACUAUCAACACCUUACCAACUCACAAUAAUCCCCAUGAAACUAGGAAACCCCCUCCAUAUAGAACACUUCUCACAGAACCACCCUCUCAGGACAAUUGUGAUUCACUGUUUACCCCAGUAGAUGGACUAGCUGCUAAGAAUAUAGCAAGCCAUUUUGGUGGAAAUAGAUAUGAUAGACUAGCCCCAUCACCUCUUCGGAGCAUGACUGCUUUUAGGUCCCAGCCUGAGCAGGUGAACAUGGAUGAAGUCACAUCAGUCAUAUUAGAGAAUUCCGCAAGUCAAGAAGGUAAAGUUGCAGAUGAAGUGGGCACCUCAAAGAAUAUCUUUCCCCAGAACAAUCUAGAAAUAGAGCAAAACCAGCCAUUGAGAUCUGAACCAAAUGAAGGAAGCCCUUCACUGCUUCUCACACCUGGUCAGAAUGGAAUAGCAAUGAGGUCAGACAGUCUUGACCAAGUGCCUGAUAUUAUCUAUCAAACAUUUAAAAAAUCACAAGCUUAUCCAAUCAUUGGUGCUGUUAACCAUGGAGAACAAUCUGUAACAUCAGGUGUUCCAACCAGAAGUGCCUCAAUGGAAUCUGUAGAGGAAAGUUCAACACCGGACACAGAGGACUAUUUUAGCAAAGAGUCCACACCGAGCGAUUCAACUGUGUCCCCUCUAACAGAUGAAUCAAAAACUGAUGAUGAUAGUGUUUUCAUUUCACCAAGUAAAACUCGCACAACAGAGGAUCUCUUUGCCAUGAUUCACAGGUCAAAAAGAAAAAUGCUGGGCAGGAAAGAUUCUGGAGACAUGACAUUACGGAGCCAUUCAAGUGGUGUUUCUGGGAAUGGCCCUGCUACCAAUCCUGCAACCUCUCCUAGCACCCCAACCAUGCCCACAAAUUCAACUACACAAAUUGUGUCCCAGAGAGCCCCAGGUCAAAUUUUCAGGAGUGCCAAAAAGUCUAGUACCUCGAAUGAAGAGUUCAAAUUGCUGCUGUUGAAAAAGGGAAGUCGCUCCGAGUCCAGUUACCGCAUGUCAGCUACAGAGAUCCUAAAGAGUCCCAUUGCACCCAAAAGCCCUGGUGAGCUCUUGAUGGAGGGUUCCAGACCACUUGAGGAGCCACUCUCUCCUUUACAACAACAAUUUCUAGAGGGAUCACCUGAACAAAUCCACAGCCCCUUUCCAAAAACAUAUGCCGAGGGCUUCACCACAAAAGCUUUUUCCACAUCUGCCUCAUCUCGACAAGGCCGAUCAAGGAUGCCACCAGCUGCAAGCAGUAGCCGCUACAGUACACGUAGUCGGCUGUACACAGCUCCCAUGCAGGCCAUAUCAGAAGGGGAAACAGAAAACUCAGAUGGUAGCCCACAUGACGACCGUUCCUCCUGAAAAUGCACCUUGAACUUUUAGCAGCAACUAAGUAUAGACACAAUCUUUGACAUCGUCAAAAUGCUGGACACUUGGCAUACUUAAUAUUUUUAAGUAUCUGUUUUUAGACCGAAAAUGAAAGAAAAACAUUCUUAUGUUGAUUUUUAGUGGUGGUAUCAUAACUACCAAGAGCAUAUUUUUUUUAUGUGAAUGCUUUCUUUGUGUACCAACUGACAUUUCAUUUUGGGAUUAGAAAAAUAGAAAAUUCCAUCACUUUGUAAGUAAUCACAGGGUAUCAAUACAGUGAUGCAUUUUUGACACAAGCAUUUAGCAUUAUCUAGAAUGAUAAAAACAGUACUGUAUUGAGGGGUAACUGUGAAAAUGGGUCUAGUCAGUGUUAAAAGAAGGGAAAAUCUUUCCUGUACCUUAAACACAAACUGUUUACGGCAGACAGCUUGGGACAAUCAAAGAGUGGCCUUUUGUAUAGUUAGCUGUAGCAUAAAUGGGCUGAAUAUUUUUUGAGUAACAUCUCAGAUUUACUGUUAGCCUGUAACUGGAUCUUAUUGGGCAAGAAUUGUAGCUGCAUUGGAUUUUCCUAAUGGCCUACCAAUAGUUUGCACUUCUUUUGGUACUGAGAAAGUUUCAGAAUAUUUUAUCAGAACAAAAAUGCCACAUCAAAAAAUGAAAAGUGACAUAAAUAAAUAUCUAUAUAUAUAUAUAGUACAUGAAUUUUAACAAAAAGAAAAUAUGUAUUUUUAUUGACAUUAGUUAAAAAAAAAUAAUGGUCUAGAAAAGGACUAUCAGGCAAAUGUGGACAAAAGCUUGUCCUCUUUGUGGCAAUUUAAAGAUAAUGAAAGCCUUUUAAUUCAACAUCUAAUUUGAUGACCACAUGGCUAUUCUCUUAAUUCAAUAUUUAUCUUUUUUAGUGAAUUUCUUAAAAAGAUAUAUAUAUACUUUUGGCGUUUCAGUGAUAGAAAAGUCUUGUUAAAAAAUAUUAAUAAAAAUCAGCACAACUCAUUGUUUGUAUAUAAACAAAUGUAUCUGCUAAGGAAACACAACAACAGCUACAACACCGUCACUAUACGUAUUCUGUGAAUACUGUAUCAACCCUUACUGUUUCUCAAUUAUUAAUGAUUCUGUUUUGCUUAUUGUGAGGUGAUUUUUUUUAUUUUUUAUUUUUUGUCAUCACUGACCACACAACAGGACUAAUAUUGUGCAAAUGUUUUUCAGACAAUUUAUAAAAUUAUGCCUCUACCACAGUGAUUGUAGAUUUGAUAUAUUUCACUUUAAUAGAUGAAUUAACUGCAUGCAAUAAAACUUCAGAGAGUAGCCAAUAUUGGUACUUUUUUUUUUUAGAGAACCUAUUGUCCAUUCAAUGAAUUUGCUUCAAUAUGUCAAGACACAUUGUGAGGUCAUAAGUUGUUUUUUGUCCUCAAAAAUUCAGAUUUAAACACUUGACAAUCUUUUUCAAAGACAUUUAUAUGUAGUAAAAUGCACUACAGCAGAACAAUACAGUAGCAAAUGCAGAAGGCUGAGUAGAAGUUUCUUGAAGUGUGUAGUGAAAGUGCUUUUAGUUAAGGAAAGGGGCAUUUGAAGUUUGUGUUGAAUUGGUUUUGAAUUUGCGAUGUUGAGAAGGUAAUGAGGAAAGUUAAGAGAAGGAUAAAAAGUAGGCUGUUGUCUUUGGCACUGAUGGAAAACAGACAUUCUUUUCUCUAUGCGGUUGCUGUUAAGUAGCACAGACAACUGUCUAUCCAAAGAAUGAAUACAGAUUGAGGUACAGAGCAAUAUCAGACUGAGAGACAGAGUAAGUCUGCAGUUAGAGGGGUUUGUGUCUUUGAAGUCAUGUAGAGACCAUUUUUACUUGGAUUUGUUUCACCAACAAUACAUGUGUUUACAAGGUUGUCAAAAAGAUGCAAAUCAAAGGAAAAAAUAUAGACUUUUGCUACUGUUUGGGUUAUCUUUUCUCACACAUGGAACUCUAAGCUAUUUGCCAGUUUCCAAGACCCACCUUGUGAUUUUAAUGUUGGUACUAAAGUGGAAGGGUUGUUUGUAUUUGUUUUUUUAAAUGCUGGCUUUUAUGAAAUAUUGGGCUUUGGAGAAAUUUCGAAUGACUACAGAUUAAUUUAUGGAUUUAUGGACUUUGUAAUGUUUUUCUUUUUGGAUGUUUUUUGAAAGCUUUUUGGAAGCUUUAUUGUGAAACACUGGUUUUAGAAUAAGUUUACCACAGAAAUUACAACCACUUAUAAAUAAUAUCAAAAUCUGAUGACAUAAGCUAUCAUGCUAAUGAUCCUUGUAAACCUAAGUUCACUGUGUCCAGUAGUGUAUUUGGCAUUUCUUUCCUGUGUCCUGCUCAUUGACCUCGUAAAAUUCUGGUAUUUCUGCAAUUUGCUUGGCAUGAGAGUCAGUCUUUGGUUCAUUUACUGGACUAAGUAUAUGAGCUGUCUUCUGCUAUUUUAUCACUAAUAAACUACCUGCUAACUUCUGAUUCAAAAGCUUUAGGUAAAGACAUUAAAGGGAAAAACACAAUUACAUUAUCACCUUAAUUUAAGAUGCAAAUCUAAAAGGCAACAAAGACUGUUCAGUAUCCAUCUCCGUAGCAUCAGAGGGUUACAGACAGCAGUGAAUAAUUUUGUACACUACCAUUCCAACAUUGUAAAGUCUAACCUUAAAAGUUGCACUGAUGUAGUACAUGUGUGAAGGUUUUCACAUUGUCUUUUUCUGUACCUAAGACUACUUUGUCCAGAAAUAGUUUAAAUAAAAGAAAAAAACAAGAAAAAAGCAAUUAUCAUUUGAAAAUUAAAAUCUCAAAUUCUUAGUUCAUUGCAUGCUUGUGUGGUAACGUAAAGAUUUGUGUACCAAAGGAUUUCAGAGCUGAACAAGCUUGUUAAACAAAACAAAACAAAAGUUACUGCCCUGAAAACAGAGUUGCAAGAUGGAGGUCUUCAAGCAACUAAAAUGAAAUAACUUUAUUUCUCUCUCUUUUGCUUUCUUUUUUUUUUUUUGUACAAAUUUGUAAAUCUUAUACCUUUUUAAAUUGUUCCAAGAUGUUCCUUAUGUAAAGUGUUUUCAAAGUUUACAUUCAUUAUAAGCCUUUGUAUAUUUUUGAUCUGUGAAACACUUCGAGUCUUGUAUUUAUUUUUUAGCAAACUUUGUGGAAAGUCCCAUUGUACAAUGUCUCUAAAAAUGUUUGCCAACUUGACUGGCUGUUUAGUAAAUGUGCAUAGAAGAGACCAAUAAAUGUG